AUGCCGAUCAGCAUUGAAGUGGAAUUCUCACCGGCUGCCGAAGUUUAUCACUCAGGACAGCUUCUGGCGGGAAAUGUGCGCCUGGUCGUGGAGCGCCCCAAGAGGCUGCGCGCCAUUUGUGUGUACGUUACGGGCAGUGGUCGCGUGAGUUGGACGUCUUACUGCGCGAUCGCCGACAAAAUUGAGACUAUUGAACAUUCCGGCAAUGAGGAGUACAUCAACUGCCGCACUUGCGCCUACAAUGCCGCCAGUGGAUCCUUCUUUGAGCUGCCGGCUGGGAUGAAUGUGUACUCCUUCAAGUACACACUGCCCAUGUGGCUGCCGUCUUCCUUCGAGGGCACACACGGCUACAUCCGCUACGCGGUGGAUGUGGUGCUGGAGAGGCCAUGGAAGUUCGACAAGACCUUCAAAAAGCCCUUCGCUGUUUCGCGCACGCUUGACCUCAGCCGCGAUCCGUCGCUCAAAUUGCCCGCCCAGAUGGAGUACCGGAAGCAAUUUGUCCUCUCGAGCACGGCUCGAGGGAUCCUGGCGAUCACAGUGAAUGUGCUGAAGACGGGAUAUGUUUCCGGUGGUGUCAUUCCCAUUGAGGCCAUCGUGGCCAACAAUUGCGCCUACAGCAUUAACAAGAUCGCCUUCGCCUUACGCAAAAUCAUCACAUAUAAGUGCACAUAUCCUGCCAAGGCGGAGAAGGACGAAGUCACGACCAUCAGAGAGAAAUUUGUGGAUUGUCUCGUGGAGAAUGAGCAAUCCUCCUUCCUGGAACGUCUGGAAAUCCCCGAGACUCCGCCCACAACUCUUCACUUCUGCAAUGUCCUCAACAUCGCCUACGAAGCGCGAGUCAUGGCAGUUAUUCCCGGCAUAACGGCCAAUCCUAGUGUGGCAAUCCCCAUAAUUAUCGGCACUGCGCCUUUUGAGAGCAAUCAACCCUCGAGUCCUGCUCAAUCUGUGCAGUAUCACGAGGAGGAAGCCACUUCAGAGAUCGACGAUGCGCCUCCGCCGUCUUACGAGUCAGUCUAUGGGAGUGCUUCAAAUUACUGAAUGAUCGCAAUGGAUUUUUUUGCUGUGAAAGAUAUCACUUAUGUAUUUAUCAUUAUAUGAACAA